AUGCCCAACGAGACUGGGCCAACGCAAGAGCUUUCCGCGACGUCGUAUCACCCCGAUCGCGGUUACUCCAUGUAUGCGGUUGACGGGAAUCCGCGCUUCGAUGCAGCUGGCGCCUUGAGUAUCGGCAAAACCCACUUCCAAGUCACAAAGUCAGGCAGAGAUGGAGAUCGUGAUCCUGGAUCCCUCAUCCUGCAGAGGUACUCCAUCAAACCCGGUGGGAAUGUCCUGAUGGUGGGCCCUUGGGACCUAGGGUCGAACUGGGAGACCGUCAAGAGAGUCACCAUCGACGACAGUGCCUGGAGCUACACGGGCACCGAGGACUACAUCACCCAGACGUUCAUCCUUGGGGGUACCGUCAACAUCAAGACAAUCACCAAGGACAGUUUCGCUGCUGAAGUCGACUCGCUGGUACAGAAUGUCGACCCCAAGUCUCAGAUGAUAUUCAAGAACAUUUGCGAGGUGCCGCCGUCGGUCUUGGAUCAUCAGAGCUUGUUGGAGGCAAUGCGUCCCAAGCAUACAGAGAACCUCGACGAGGACUGGGACCGCCUAAUCAGGGAGAUCUUGGCUCGUGAGGGGGCGGAGAACGAGAAGUCUGGUGGGACGUCGAACGAGGAGCCUUGCGAGGCGCCGAUGAACGAGAAGGGGAUACAGCUGAGGAAUGCGCUUAAGUAUCGAUAUCGAUGA